AUGACAGUCUCCUUCAAGGACAAGGUCGUGAUAGUCACGGGCGCCGGCGGCGGCUUGGGCAAGCACUACUGCCUAGAGUUUGCUCUGCGCGGCGCCAAGGUCGUGGUCAACGAUUUGGGCGGCUCGCUCUCGGGACAGGGCGGCGACUCGCGCGCCGCAGACGUGGUGGUGGAGCAAAUCCGCGCGGCCGGCGGCGAGGCCGUGGCCGACUACAACAACGUGUUGGACGGCGAGAAGAUAGUCGAGACUGCGGUCCGGGCCUUUGGCACCGUGCACGUGGUGGUCAACAACGCCGGGAUCUUGCGCGACGCGCAGUUCAAGAAGAUGUCGCCACAGGACUUCCAGUUGGUCACGGACGUGCACACGAACGGCGCGUUCAAGGUGACCAAGGCCGCAUGGCCCUACUUCCGCAAGCAGAACUACGGCCGCAUCAUCAACACCGCGUCGCCCGCGGGCUUGUACGGAAACUUUGGCCAGGCCAACUACUCGGCGGCCAAGCUGGGCAUGGUGGGCUUUUCCGAGACCUUGGCGAAGGAGGGCGACCGCUACAACAUCAAGGCCAACACCAUUGCGCCGCUCGCACGCUCGCGCAUGACCGAAAACGUCUUGCCACCCCCCAUCUUGGAGAAGUUGGGCCCGGAGAAGGUGGCUCCCAUUGUCUUGUACUUGGCUUCUGAGAGCAACACGACUCUCAACGGCGAGAUCUUCGAGGUUGCCGCGGGCUUCUAUGCGCAGAUCCGUUGGGAGAGGUCUGGCGGCGUGUUGUUCAAGCCCGACGACUCCUUCACUCCCGAGUCCGUGGCCAAGAAGAUCGAUGCCAUCAUGGACUUCGACGACUCCGCGAAACCUGACUUGUUGAAGAAUCAGCACCCCCGGGCGUUGAAUGACUACUCGGCCUUGAUCAAGGCUGCUGAGAAGUUGCCUUCGAACGACAACGCGGGUGCCCCCCCUGUGUCGGUCAAGGGCAGGGUUGUGGUCAUCACCGGUGCAGGUGCUGGUUUGGGGAGAGACUACGCGCUCGCAUUCGCCAAGGCCGGUGCCAAGGUCGUGGUCAACGACUUCAAAGACCCCUCCAAGGUUGUCGACGAAAUCAAGGCUGCCGGCGGUGAGGCGCACGGCGAUCAGCAUGACGUUGCCAGUCAAGCCAAGGAAAUCAUCGACAAUGUCAUCAACAAGUACGGCACCAUUGAUAUCUUGGUCAACAACGCUGGAAUCUUGAGAGACAAGUCUUUUGCAAAAAUGACUUACGACGAGUGGUUGCAAGUGCAAAAAGUUCACUUGCUUGGAACCUUCAACUUGACAAGAUUGGCAUGGCCACAUUUCUUGGAGAAGAAGUUCGGUAGAGUUGUCAACAUCUCGUCCACCUCGGGAAUAUAUGGCAACUUUGGCCAAGCCAACUACUCUGCGGCGAAGUGCGGCAUCAUUGGUCUUUCGAAAACUCUUGCUAUCGAAGGAGCCCGCUCCAACAUCAAGGUCAAUGUGGUUGCCCCUCAUGCUGAAACAGCCAUGACCAUGACCAUUUUUAGAGAGGAGGACAAGAACUUGUACCCUCCAAAGUUGGUAGCUCCUUUGUUGAUUUAUUUGGCUUCUGAGGAUGUGCCAAUCACCGGUGAGUUGUUUGAGGCUGGCGGUGGAUGGAUCGGUAACACCAGGUGGCAGCGGGCGAAGGGAGCCGUUUCCAGAGAUGACCACACGACGGCUGAAUUUGUUCAAGAUAACCUUCAGGACAUUGUGGACUUCAGCACUGGCACAGAAAACCCCAAGUCAGCUACUGACUCCUCAAUGGCUAUUUUGAGUGCAGUUGGAGGAGAUGACGACGAAGAAGAAGAUGAUGACGACGACGACGACUCUCUGGACGAAGAGGAGAACCCAGAUAAAAUGCCCGAUCCUGUUUUCUCUUGGAAUGAUAGAGAUGUGAUUUUGUACAAUCUUGGUGUUGGGGCCACUCAUGAUGAAUUGCAAUACGUCUAUGAAAACUCAUCAGACUUCCAAGUCAUCCCCGUCUUUGGGCAUCUCCCUACAUUCAACUCAGAGAAGUCUCAGUUGACGUUCACGAGGUUGUUGAAGAACUUCAACCCAAUGCUCUUAUUGCACGGAGAGCACUACCUCAAGAUUGAGAAAUUUCCAAUUCCAACGGAGGCUACGAUUACAACAUCAUACCAGCCAUUAGAAGUUACACAAAAGGGCACGAACACGAUUGUGGUUCAUGGCUCGAAAUCAGUCGAUAAUGAAACUGGAGAGUUGCUUUUCUCAAACGAGGCCACUUUGUUCAUUAGAAAGUGCGAGGGUGAGACCAAGAAAUACGUCGAGAGAAAGUCUUUCUCCAUGAAUCCUUUCUCUGCACCCAAGUCCGAGCCUAUCUUCGUUAAAGAUAUCAAGACUUCCAAGGACCAAGCUGCUUUGUACAGAUUGAGUGGAGACAGAAACCCAUUGCACAUUGAUCCUAAUUUUGCCAAGGGAGCCAACUUCGAUGCCCCGAUCUUGCAUGGAAUGUGCACGUACGGGUUGUCUGCCAAGGUGUUGCUCGAUGAGUUUGGCCUCUUUAAUGAAAUCAAGGCAAGGUUCACCGGCGUUGUUUUCCCAGGUGAGACUUUGAGAGUCUUUGCAUGGAAGCAGGGUGAUGUGGUGAUCUUCCAGACACAUGUGGUGGAAAGAAAAACCAUUGCCAUCAACAAUGCUGCCAUCAAAUUGAUUUCUGACAAGAGCAAGUUAUGA